UGCUUCAUCCAUGUUCACCUUGGCAGCAGGCAGCUCCGAGGCAGCAAGUAGCUGUGCGUUCUGAAUGAAUUUACUUUUCUUGACGACCCACCGUCGGAUUCUGGCGUGCAGCAAACAAGUGCAGUGUGUAGUGGUGCAUUAAAAGUGGUGGCUCCUUCCCGGUCGGUCGCGGCACAGCACUGCCGCCGCGUGCGUUUUGCCAAAUUUCGAGGCAGCACCCGCGUACCUCGUGACGACAGCAGCAGCAGCAGCAGCAACAGCAGCGCAGGCAGCGGUGGCGCUUCAUCGGUCAUCCGGUCGGUCGGAAAAUAUGGUCACGGCACCGUAUUUCCUGUGCGCUUGACGAUUGAGCAUGUCCGCGGACGGUGGUGCUAGGAGCAGCAAAACAAGGAAACGCAGGCGACGAUGAUGAUGGAGGAGCAAAUACGCCCGAACGCGCACUCGUUCGCCUUCUUGCCGUAGUGGAGUGUGUGUGUGUGUGUUUUUAUUUUGUUCAUUUCGGUUCUGUUUCGAUCGUGCGGUGUGAUAUUUUAUUUCGUUCGUUUCGUUUCGGUACAUUUUCAAUUGCCGCCCAUCCCCAAUUCCCAUCUUGCGUCAGGCCACCGGCAAUUCGACCACCUUGCGUACGGUGCCGCGUACAGAAGUGCCUCUCGUCGCGGCUAUCAAGAAAUAUCCGCCAACCUCUGCGUCACCCCUACUCCUCCUCGAUAACCGUGUCGUAAUCAAUGUGCGCGCGAGAUUCGAGUGUCAAAUAAGGCCCAGCAUCGAAGCAAAAAAAAAAGGUCGAACACUCUCAUACCGAGCCCAAGCUUUCUGACUCAUAACUGUUCGAUGCUGAGAAGAAGAUCGGCCGUCUUUUCGAAAUACCUCAACCGCGCUAGUGAUUUGUGACAAACGCCAACGGUGUGGUAAAAUGCGUGAAACAAGUUCUGUUCACCUUGUGAGUGCAAUUGGUGCCCGUGCCUCCUCGUCCGCACGGUGGUGGUAUCAGCAGAAACAGUGUUGUAUCUCAUCGUCGGAUUGCUCGCGGUGUUAUCACAAAGCAGGCCGCGCGUAGUCCGUUCGCGAAGGUGUUGUAGAAUCAACAAGGGAAGCGAGAGAACCUCCUAGUUCGAGCGUGAAGCAGAACGCUGGUAGCGAAGGUUGGCACACACGCCACAAGUCACUGGCCACAGAGCCAGCACGCCAGCAGAAGCGUCAACCACGAGCAAACUACCGGAAAACUAGGCGCUUCUACGCGCUGCGGUUAUUGCAGUAGCGCACACGGCCAUCAAUACACAUCAGGAAACAGAAGGAUUUCAAAACAACCAGCCCACUUCAGGGAGCUAAAAGCUGUGAAUGUAACCGUUGGCCUCCUAGGAUCGUGGUCAAGGAAGCAAGCGAAAAACACAAAACCCAGGGAUCAUAUACAGAGCAGCAGCGGGUGUGUGUGUGUGUGUGUGUGUGUGUGUGAGAGAGAAUUUGUGUAGCAAUUAGUAGCAAAACACUGCGUUACGUUCUACCCGGUCCGCUCCGGAAACGCAUCCUGGACAUAAAUCACCACAGGCACCGAAGCAGUCGUAGCAGACUCACCGUGCACCGUAAUGGGUAACUGCAUGGGCAUUAAUCGCAACGAUGAAACGCUGGACACCGGAUCGAACAAUGUGUCCCGACCAGUUACGGGAACAACAUCCAGCUUCGUCGGUGUGCAGCGCAAAAAUCAUCCACUCUGUCACGAGACAAUACGCUGGAAAUCGGAAGUGCCAUUAACGGAGGGGCAGCUAAGAAGCAAGCGCGACGAGUUCUGGGACACGGCACCCGCGUUCGAGGGCCGGAAGGAGAUAUGGGACGCGUUGCGCGCGGCGACCAGCGCUGCCGAGGCGCUGGAUUUUCAGCUCGCCCAAGCAAUACUGGAUGGGGCCAACAUAUCGGUCCCGAACGGAUACCUCACGGAGUGUUACGACGAACUUGGUUCGCAGUACAAGCUACCAAUCUAUUGCCUAUCAUAUCCCGUCAACGUAGUUAAGGAAGAUUAUGGAUGUGACUCGCCAGCAGAAUACUCGGAACCGGUCGAUGGUGGUACGGAAGUCAUGCUAAAGCUUCGAUUAUCGUCGACGUGUACAGAUGUUAAGCUACCGGUUUAUUCUAAAGACACUAUUGGGCAAUGUAAAAAGAAACUUCAGGCUCAGGAAGGAAUAGAUGCAUUUACUCAGCGAUGGUUCUACGGUGGCAAAUUGUUAGGUGAUAAAAUGCACAUCGAUGAGGCCCACAUACAGCCCGGUUACAUUGUGCAGGUUAUUGUAAAUACCGAGAAGCAAUCGUCAUUAGCCAUCAGCUAGCCAACGGUGCCGUUAGUCAGUCGAUUGUGGAGCGCCACCACCAAGAACGCGGCGUCCCGUAUGCUGUACGCUGCGAUGUAACUUACCAGCUGAUUCGCAGGUGUAGCAGUGGUAGCAACGUACAGCUGCUUUUACUUCUCUGAUUACUACCACCACCCUUCGUUAGCAUCAUCUUUUCCCCGUGUACAAUGCAAAGGAGCAGGAGGAAAUGGAGUAGAGUAAAUGUUAUUGCUAGUAGCGAAUGCAACUAAGAAGGAAGUUCUCCUGGAACGGAACGACUCUGUACACAUGUUUCGUUGAUACAUACAUACAUAUAUAUACUUACAUGCAUAUAUAUAUCUACACACAAACCUUACUCAUAGCAGCCCCAACCAAACGAAACCUACUAAUCGAAUCGAUGCGACACACUACAGAACAAAUUCAAAUUCUGCUCUCGGAUCGGUGUAUGCAACGCGAUCGCUGUUUCCUACUACUCACGAGUUAGCUAUUUAACUAUGGUUCCGGUACCGAACAGGACAGGCAAAAUCAAACCAAUUUGUGAAUACAGCGCAGCGCAUACCGCUUUAGUUUUUUUUUUUUUAGUGAAAUGGAUCAUAAAAAGGCGAUGUUUGCACACGGUAGCGUUCGCACGUGAUGAUGGGUGCAUUAUUAGCGGCAUGGGAGGAUGAGCGAAGGAUGCGAUGUGUGUGUGUGUGUAUGCGCCGUAGUGUAAGUGUUCUCGGUGUGCGCAACACGUGCAAACAAUUCUGCAAACUAUUCGGGAAACCAAGUGCAACAGAAAAACACUACUUAGCGCACGGGCGUGUGCCGCAUUACGUAGUGGGAUGAUAAAUAUUGAUAUUAACAAGGUUUAAUUUAAGCGAACUGAUAGUUAUUACUUUUAACGAUAGGCUAAACGUAUACAUACAUAUAUAUAUACAUACGAAUGAGCUAAACAAAAAUAAUAUAUUUGGAGAUAACAGAAGCUAUUUAAUUUGAAA